AUGGAGUUCGACGUGUUUGAUAAACUCAGCGAUUUGGAAACUAAGAUUCAUCUUCAGAAGGAAGAUAUAAUCAAGAAAGAUACCUAUAUACAACAAAUACUCGAUCAGAAUUCUCUCCUUCGACAACAAGUUGAGGCUCAAUUAAAGGAAAUUGCAAUUUUGCGCAAGACUCAAUCGUCCACGGUUGUAUCAACGAUUGAGAAAGAUAUUCAGACAGAUGAUGUUGAAAUCGCUGAGGUGAAAUCCGCAGAAAGUGCUUUUGCUGGUUCCGAAGCAUCUAUAGCUGAUAUUCUUAAGCAAACUUCUGAUUCUGUCACAAGCAACAGUGGUUAUGUUUUCGAUCAACAAACGGGUCUUUAUUUCGACAAAAAUAGUGGUUAUUAUUACGAUCCCGAUAAUCAGCUCUUUUUCGAGCCAAAAAGUGGGAUUUAUUACAGUUAUGACAACGAAACUCAAGAAUACUCUUACCACUCCCGUGUUUCCACUGAAUUGAGUGGCAAAUUCAAGGCCCUUUUAGACAGAACUAGAGACCAGUCAGAGUUCCCCGGACCAUCUAAGAAGUCGGAUGACAAAUAUAGGGACCGGCGGCGUCGAUAUUCUUCUUCUUCCUCUGUGUCAACAGACCGGCGUCGUCGAAACGGUCGCCGGCGCAGUAGGCGUUCCGGUCGCCGACGAAGGCACCGUCGCCAGUCCUCCUCUUCCUCCUACUCCAGGAGUGCCUCGUCAUUCUCAUCAUCUCACCGAUCACGUAGAAGAAGCAGGGACUACAAUAGUUCGUCCUCUGCUGGUCGACGCUCCUCACGUCGCCGCAGUAGUCGGAAAGACAAGGCAGAUACUGCAGGUGAGAAGUCGAAUCCAGCAUGUAUAGCUGCGACGCCUGUGGUGUAUCCGCCCUCGGUGCGUCUGAUGGUCCUCGCCUCCAACGCCAUUGGUCUCGCCGUGGGCUCUGUCGGCGUCAUCACCUCCAAGGAGGCCUCUUCUGGUUGGGGUUGUCUGGGCCGCAACUGGCACUACUGUCCUGUCUUCGAUCUCACACAAGACACCGACCUCGACGAGAUUCACUGUGAAAUCACAUUUAAUAAAUCUGACGAAAGCUACUCUGUGCGAGACAGAAAAACGUCCAACGGCACCUAUGUCAACGGAUCUAAGUUGGAAAAGAAUGAAAAGAAGCAACUUAAUCACGGGGACGUUUUGCGCAUAGGCGGCAAUCGGUUUCUGGUUCACAUUCACCCAGGUCGCGAGACCUGUGGUCAGUGUGAAGCUGUAGAGAUUAAAGCAGCCAUCGAGUCGGUUGCGAACGCCGCGGCUUCAUCUGAUGCCCAAAACAAUAACGAACAAUCAUCGGUGGGCACCCCAAUGCCAAAGGAGACUGUUCGACGAACCAACGCUGACGCAGUAAAAAUCAAGUAUGGACUCAAAAAGAAAGGCCGAAAGUCAGGCCAGAAUCAGAGGGCGGCGGUGACCAGCGAGCAGCCGCACUACGAGGACCGGGCGGCGAAGCGGCGGGCUCUGGAGAAGGCUAUGGCUGCAGGUGGACAGGUCGGUCCCUCCAUCCCCGUCGUUACCACACCCGCCAGUGUCCUCACACCCAUAGACGAGACCAACGUGGGAGCUCGUCUGCUCGCUAAGAUGGGCUGGAGCAAGGGCGAGGGUUUGGGCCGGGAGAAAGGUGGUAUCGCCGAACCCAUAUCAGCAAGUAUGCGCCUGGAUCAUCGCGCAGGCCUUGGCUUUGGCAACACUGGCCUUGGCACGAACUCGAUUUCGAUUGACUCAACCCCCUCGGAACUGCGACAUGCUCGAACCCUCUCGGUCACACGCGAGCGCUACCGUCAAAUUGAGGAGAAGGAACGCCUCAAUCAAGCGUAA